CACGGAUACCGGCACGAGGGUAGGUCUGGCAUUCUAUGUUUCAUAUAAGCACUCAAUAUCCGUAAGAAGCAAUUCGUGCUCACUUCCUCGGCAUCUACUACCUUUCCAAGUCGAAUCCCGAGAUCUUGAUGGAGUAGAAUACCGCAAUGCAGCAAACUAAACUUCUAGAGCAGCCCUGGGAUGUGGUUGUCGUUGGUUCAGGCGCAGCAGCACUUUCUUCUGCCAUAUCUGCCGCAGAAUCAAGCAAUCCAUCACCCCGAGUCCUGCUUGUGGACAAAGCUCCGGAGACCUGGGCAGGCGGCAACGGCUACUUCACCGCAGGCGCAUACCGCACACGGCACAAUGGCCUUGAAGACAUCCUGCCUAUGGUUUCCAACGUACCUGACGGGUUGAGAGGCAAGAUUGACCUCCCGGCGUACACAGCAGAUGAUUUCAGUAACGACCUACAACGAGUGACCGGUGGCCGAAGUAGCAAACACCUAAGCGACUACCUUGUAAGGGAGAGUUUGGACGUGGUGAAAUGGCUCAAGGGUCACGGUGUUGACUGGUGGCUCAGCUUCAGACGGCAGGCUUACGAAGUAGACGGCCGGUGGGUGUUUUGGGGUGGCCUGCACUUGACGGUGAAGGAUGGUGGCAAAGGGUUGAUUAAGAACUUGACCGAUGCCGCGAAGCAGAGGGGUUGCACUAUAUUGCACGACACUUCGACCACCAAGCUACUAACCAACAAUAAGGGCGGCGUGUAUGGUAUCGAGGUAGAGAGGGCAGCAAGGAAGUAUCAACUCAAGGCUCCUAGCAUUAUACUAUGUGCUGGUGGCUUCGAAGCGAACCCAGAGCUGCGGAAACGCUAUCUCGGUCCUGGGUGGGAGCGAGCGCAUACGCGAGGGACCCCGUACAAUCGUGGUGACAUGCUAUCCGCCGCCAUCGCCAUCGGCGCGAAGACGGUGGGUGACUUCAGCUCUGGAGGCUGCCAUAGUGUAGCGUGGGACGCUUAUUCGCCGAAGGACGGUGGCGACCGGGAAAAGACGAAUGAAUUCACGAAGUCUGGGUAUCCACUUGGACUGAUGCUUAACGCAGAAGGCAGACGCUUUGUUGACGAAGGGGUGGACUUGCGCAAUUACACCUAUGCGAAAUUUGGACGCGCGAUUCUGGAGCAGCCGAAUGGCAUUGCGUUUCAGAUUUGGGACAAAGAUGGCCAAGCGUGGCUGAGAGACGAGGAGUAUAGGGACGAAAUCGUGCAUAAGAUCCGUGCGGACAGCAUCGAGGAGCUCGCAAGGAAGUGUGCUGACGAAGGCCUUGCGGGUUCGGAACAGUUCGUCAAGACGGUGGAGGAGUACAAUGCAGCCGUUGCCGCGCACAGAGAGGAGCACCCGGACGCAAAGCUAAAUCCGGCAGUGAGAGACGGCCUCUCCACGCACUCAUCGAAGAAGUCGCUCCCUCUGGCGAAGUCGAACUGGGCAAUACCGGUUGUCAGACCGCCUUUCCUAGCUGUCAAAGUCACUUCGGGCAUUACGUUCACAUUCGGUGGACUUGCUAUCAAUCCGGAGAAUGCUGCUGUGUUGCGUGAGGAUGGAUCGGAGAUUGAGGGCUUGUUCUGCGCUGGUGAGAUGGUCGGUGGGCUGUUCUAUGGAAACUACCCGGGCGGCAGUGGUCUAACAGCUGGUGCCGUGUUUGGCAGAAGGGCUGGUCGGGCCGCAGCUGAGAGAGCGAAGGGCACGCGUAGGCUGGAGAAGUUAUGAGCUGCGAUGCUUGAAGCAUGUUCUUCUCACGGCUCGCUCUGACUGUUUGUCUGUGUAACCAUUGGGUAGGCAUUAUCGAAGCACACACCAAAAAGCUUUGGGUAUCUGCCGCUCAUCAGUAUCAGGAAGUUCUGAUGUUGCCCUCGCGCUCCGAAGUCGGCUAGGCCUUUUAGCGCUGGUUCACGCGGAAGGGCAGCUUGCCGUCCGGAAGCUUGCAAUGUCUCGCGAGCCG